AUGUAUGGCAAACAACUAGAGGAGGAAUUGGCCAUAUCCAUGGAAAGUUUAGUUGAGUCUUGUGAGGCGGUAGCUGAUAACAAGUUGUCGAAGAGAUGUCGUGAUGCUCCACUGAAUGGCACAUGCAUGAUCCUCGAGGCAGUGUUCAUUUCGGUGUGGUUUCCUGUGCUGCUUGCUCAGCAUUUUUUCGUCGUACCAUCUCGGAGAACCGAAAGUAUUCAUGCAGACGCCUUUCUGAAGGAAAUUUCAAUUGUCCUAUUGAUCAAAAACAUCGCUGCUAUUGUCGAGCUUGCCGAUUGCAAAAAUGUUUGGCAAUGGGGAUGGAUCCUAGAACUAUAUAGGGAUACUUAUGGCUCCAAGCAUAUGAGACGCACUCAGAGCGAAACCUUCACUCAGCAGCAAGAAGACCCUAACGGUUUCACGGAAGGCAAUGUUGUUCCACAUGAUUCGUCCGUGUUGAUGUCGAAGGCUACUGCUCGGCAGCUGCUUUCAUUUUCCCAAACGUCAUCGUCUUUCAAGAGAGGACUCGAAGAAAUGGUGUCCUAUUUUGAGGAGGAUGACGGUGCCUGUGAGGCCCAGUUCCAAUAUCCUGAGUCCACAAAGCCGUCGCCUGUGAUGUCAUCUACUGCUUCCAUACCUCCAACGAACUUAAAGCGUGAGUCCAUAGAAUCUGCCGCAUCGGGGAAUAUGAUUGAGAUGAUGGUGAAAUCGUAUGAAGAAAUGCUUGAGAGAAGGCGGCUUUUUUAUUGUCCAAGCUCGAUUCGUGAUAUUCUCGGCGGUACAAAACCUACGGUGAGACCUGCCUGUUAUUUCGGUGAGAGGGUUAGACGAGAUCGUUUGCGUGUGGAUAUUGCGUUGUUAGUGGAGUUUCUUAAUUCAAUCUCUCCAUUCCCACAUCUGACCUUGGACGAUAAGGUAGCUCUCAUGAAAAAAUUCUCCGUGUCCUUCUCCAUUCUCGAAAAGUACUAUAUUACAAUGCGAGUUGGAGGAUUACAAACUAACAGGAUAUUUCACAGUGAUGGGACUUACUCGGAUUUAGAUGAUCCAGAUUCAAUAGCAAAAGAAGCUAAUAGAGUGGCAGGUGGAGGUGUAGAUCGUAAUACUUUGAACAAACUGUUCAUCCAGUCAUUGAAGGAUUUUCUGUUGGAAUUAUCUGUACCUAUGUACCACAAUAAAAUGACUGAUGUCGAAUUUUGUGCGCUGAACGCCGUGCUGCUAUUUGAUCCAGGUUCGUCUGCUGCCAAUUUUUUUGUAAAGCGUGGUUCUCUUUGA